GAGCCAGAAUACGUUAACCUCCAGGAGGUUGAAGAGGUCGUUGAGGAUACCGGCACGGAACAGUUCCACAGUGAGGACGAGAUGGACGAAGAUGAUGAACCGUUAGAGGUCGACUUGAGCAAUAAUUCUCAGGGUUACUUCGAUAAUCACCAAGAUUCCGUCUUUGUGGUGGCAACGCAUCCUUCUGUGCCCUUGAUCAUGACGGGAGGAGGCGAUAAUGUUGCGUAUCUAUGGACAUCACACACCAAUCCGACGAAACAGGUUGCCAAACUCGAUGGAUAUACGGAAUCUGUGAUCGCCGGAGGAUUCACUGCUGACGGAUCCUACCUUGUUACCGGAGACAUGACAGGCAAAGUGCUAGUGCAUAAGGCGUCCAAGAAGUUCCAGGUUUGGAAUUUAUAUGGUACAUUGGAGGAUGUCGAGGAGAUCACGUGGAUCAAAGUGCACCCUAAACAGAAGGUUUUUGCAUUUGGAGCAAGCGACGGCUCCGUGUGGGUCUACCAAAUUGAGCCCACUUUAGAGGUGAUAUUUACAGGUUUUUCGCACUCAAUGGAGUGCACCAAUGGGCUGUUCAUCAACGUGGACAACGUGGACGAGCUGAAUCUGGUGACCAUCUCGGAGGACGGCUCUAUUAUCGGAUGGAACUGUUUCACACAGACACAAAUCUACAAAAUCGACGCCAACUCGGGACUCAAGGGGGUGGUAACUCCGUGGGUUUCGAUGGAGGCCGACCCGAACGGAAAGGCGGUGGUUGUUGGCUCGAGGGACUCGCAAGUGGUGGUGAUCAAUAGCGAAACCGGUGCCAUCCAGAAUUCGUUCAAGGUUUUGGAGUUGCAGGAAGGCCAGGACGUUUUUGAGAUUUCGAUCGAGAGCAUCAGCUGGUGUAGAGACCCUAACCUGUCAAUUGCUGCUCUGGGCCUUGUUUCUGGAGACGUUUUCAUAUUUGACACCAAAACGUGGAAGGUGAGACGCACUCUCAAAUGCUCGGAUGCGGUGACUAAACUGCAAUUCCUCGAAAAUUCGCCGCUGCUCUUGGGAGCGUCUAUGGACGGGAAGGUUUACAAAUGGGACUCAAGAACAGGCGAGCAGCUAUACACCUACGUGGGGCACCACAUGGGCGUCCUGGAUUUUGCGCUUGACAACUCCAAGAUGAGACUGAUUACAGCAGGAGACGAGGGUGUCUCCCUGGUGUUUGCCCUAUAAUUCAUUGUUCAUUAUCUCUGCAAUGCUUCUCUAACUUUUCUCUCCACAAGCUCCUCCAAUAUUCUUCCAAACGCGCUCUCCUUGUUCUGCAAAGAGACUUGGAUCUGACGCUCGAUCAGCUUGCCGGUCACAUCGACCUCGAUAUUGACUUUAUCACCAAUCUUCUUUAGUGGCAUGAUCACCUUUGAUUGUGUGUAAGACACCAUCAUAAUUUUAAAUCUGGCUUUCUCGUAGUUCACGUCAAUCACAGUCAGACUGGUCCCGUCCACACAAAUGAAUCCUUUUGGCACAAUGUAGUUGAUAAACUCCUUGUCGCGCAACUCAAACUCAAACUGGAUGCUAUCUCCAUCUGGCUCUCUUCCAACAAUACUGGCAACGGUAUCUACAUGACCUUGCACCAUAUGGCCUCCGUAUCUCACGUCGCCUGAAACUGCUCUCUCCAGAUUCACUUUGUCGCCAACACUCAGCUCUCCCAAGUUUGUCUUGCGUAAAGUUUCUUGCGAAAUACCAACCUUGAACUCUGAAUCAGUGAACUCCGUGACCGUCAAACAAGUACCAUUGACGGCGAUCGAGUCGCCCAUAUGACAGUCGCCGAGGAUUGACGAGGCGUUAGAAAUGACAAUAUCAAGGUCGUCGUUGUCGCCCACCUUCUUAACCUCCUUGAUGGUCCCAAUGGUCUCAACGAUACCGGUGAACAUGACUAAUUUUGAUUAUGUAACUUUGGAUCAUUAAAAUAAUUGCCAAUUCGGUGACUUAUUUAUUUGCUUAGCUAAAUAUUACAUGAGUCGAAAAGGGCCCCCGUUGGAAGUGGUUGACUAUUUUUGUUGACCCCUAAAUGCACUGACCGAACUUGAUAUCACAGGUGGGCUUUCUUCCAAUAAGCAUAUCUGUACACCAGGAUCUGCAGCCAGAGUUUGAAUAAAUAUUCUUUUCAAUUCUCUC